GCGCCCGAUUUGAAUUAGACAAAAGUUAGUGGUGGAACAAAGGUGCUGCAACGAUUCUACCUGGUAUAUGUAGUCGUUUAAAUAGUAUCGACAGACACAAGUCGAUUACUCGCUGGUGAAAAAACAGCUCAAUAUCGAUUGUUAUAAUCGACUACAGUUUUACUACACACGAUGGAUGUGUAGUUUUUAAUAGUAGGCUAAUUUGGAAAUGUUCGAAGUGUCUGUAAACCGUGGUCCCAAACGUUAGUGCACAGUGGUUGUUAAUUCAAACGUGUUUCCGUGAAUCCUGUUCCCCGAGUGAGAAGAUUUUGUGUAUAGUAUGCCGCAGUUUCAUAAAAUUGAAAUAAACAGGACCGAAUGGGAGGUUCCGGAACGGUAUCAAAUGCUCACUCCAGUGGGAUCAGGGGCUUACGGUCAAGUGUGUUCAGCAGUUGACACAACAACUGGGCAUAAAGUAGCAAUAAAAAAGUUAGCCAGACCAUUCCAGUCAGCUGUACAUGCAAAGCGUACAUAUAGAGAGCUUCGUAUGUUGAAGCACAUGAAUCAUGAAAAUGUGAUUGGUCUGUUAGACGUAUUUCAUCCCUCUUCCACUUUGGAAGAUUUUCAACAAGUGUAUUUAGUCACGCAUCUGAUGGGUGCAGAUCUCAAUAAUAUUGUAAGAACCCAAAAGCUUUCAGAUGAUCAUGUACAAUUUCUUGUAUAUCAAAUUCUUCGUGGUCUUAAAUAUAUUCAUUCUGCAGGGAUAAUACAUAGGGAUUUAAAGCCCUCCAACAUAGCUGUAAAUGAGGAUUGCGAGCUAAAAAUUUUAGAUUUUGGAUUAGCCAGACCUACUGAGAAUGAAAUGACUGGAUAUGUUGCCACAAGGUGGUACAGAGCUCCAGAAAUUAUGCUUAAUUGGAUGCAUUACAAUCAAACAGUUGAUAUAUGGUCAGUUGGAUGUAUAAUGGCCGAAUUAUUAACAGGAAGGACUCUAUUUCCUGGAACAGAUCAUAUACAUCAACUGAACUUAAUAAUGGAAAUAUUGGGUACUCCACGAGACGAGUUCAUGCAAAAAAUAUCAUCAGAGUCGGCAAGGAAUUACAUACAAAGUUUACCACCUUUAAAGAAAAAGAACUUCAAAGAAGUUUUUCGUGGAGCUAAUCCAUUAGCCAUAGAUUUACUUGAAUUGAUGUUGGAGUUAGAUGCGGAGAAACGAAUUACAGCGGAACAAGCUUUGGCUCACCCAUAUCUUGCUCAAUAUGCGGAUCCAACAGAUGAACCAGUGUCUCUUCCAUACGAUCAAAGUUUCGAAGACAUGGAUUUACCAGUUGAAAAGUGGAAAGAGCUCGUUUAUCAUGAAGUUAUAAACUUUGUACCACAACAAUUACCAACAUUAUCUUCAACAAUUGAAGCUGCUUCAUAAAGUCAUGUCGGUAGCAUAAAUAAUAUAGGCAUAAGCAUAGUAAGAUAAAAUUAACAAGAAAUAAUUACAAAGGAAAGUAUAUAUAUUUGUUAUAUACAAAGCUAUCAUUGUAUAUAAUGUUACAUAGGUAACAUAGUUAAUCACAUAAGCCUAUGCGUACUAAGGGCAGAAUGUAUAUUUUUGUUAAUGACGUACGAUACACGGAACACUAACAUUUUUCACUUUACACGCAUAAAUUGUUUUAAAAUAUAAACUUACAAACAUGCAACGCGUAUAUUCGUAUUCAUGGUUAUACAUGAACAUUUUAUUAUGUAUCCAUGAAUCUAAAUGCUUUGAAGCUACAAUUAUACCUUAGUAUGUAUUUAAUGAAUAUAUUUAAAGCAAAGAAAAUAAUAUUUUUCAUGAAGUGUAACCUCGUAAUGUAAAGAAAACGGUAACAUUAGCUUCAAAGCAUUCAAUUUUGUUUAAAUACAUUGCUGGUUCUAGUCGGUAACGGAAAACAUGUUAGAUCAAAUUUAUCAUUCAAAUUAAUUUUAUUACAUCAUACGUAAAUAAUUUAAAAUCAUGUCAUGUGUAUGAUAAUAUUAAAGUAAUGCUUUUAACAACAAAAAUGGCCGAAUAAACUUUUUGAUCUUUGUA